AUGGCGAAGAAGAUCAUGAAGGCUGUGAAGGACAAGCCACAGGCUUGGCCUGCCCCGAAGAGAGGAAAAUCCCGCACCUUGAUGAAGUCCCGUCGAUGGCAGAGAGAGAAAGGGCAGGAACGUCCCCAUUGUGGUGCUGGGAAGCUCCAAAGUCUACGCUCUUUCAAAGACAGGAAGGUUUGGGCACACAAGUGCGCAGCCAAGCAUGAUUUCAGCUCCUACCAUAUUGGGUAUAUGAAUCACAAGCCAGUCUCUCACAUCCACAACAACCUCGAGCUUGCUCGCAGCCGCCAUGUCAUGAAGAAACAAAAGGAGAUCCAGGUCGGAGCUAGCCACCAGUGGUGCGAUGUUGAAGCCGACGAAGUCGAUGUAGGCAAGGAGAUGGACUUGCAUCACAAAAAGGCCAAGUGGGAGCAGUGGGGUGGCAUUGGUCGGGAUGUGAUCUUGCAUACUGAUGGUGCCAAGACCUACAGGAUGAAGUUGCGUGGUGUACUGCGCGACAAUGUUGCGCUUACGAAGAAAAGUGAUGGUGUGAAGGGAAAACCUGUGUGGGUGAAACCCCAUUUCGCAAAGAUGUGCCAACACAAGCUACCACAUGGCAAGAGGGUGACCGUCAAGCUACCACCUGCGCACCUCCCUGAAACGCAAGGUCGGGUCCAUUGCGCUUGCCCCGUAAAUUUCGAGUUCUGCAGUGCACAUACUGGCAUCGAACCCAAAGCUUUUGGGUCGCUUCUGGCCAGAUGCUUCCGGAUCUGCACGCCUAAUUAG